UAACUGGUGUAUUGAUUUUGAAAUAAUUCGACAAAAUGCGAGACUCAGAGCCAACAGAUGUUGCACCGCGACAAAACUGGAUAGUGUGCCGUUUGUGUCUGACGCAGCCCAAGGAGGCCAUGUCCAGCAUUUUCAGCGAUGAUGCGACGAAGGAUGUGACAAACAUGAUCAAAACUUGUGGCGGUGUUCCAAUCAAGAAGUUCGAUCACUUCCCGGACAAAAUAUGCACCAGGUGCCUGAAGGUUCUGCACAUUUCGUUCAGGUUUCGUCAGACAUGCCAGCAGGCGUACAAACACCUCCAAAAGUUCGUAGGCCCCAUCGAAGUAGAGCAGAAGGCCGACGAUGAUUUUCCAAAUGCGGCGCAAGAAGCUCCAGUGGCUGAAGAGGAUGAUGAGGAGCUGGUCGAUGGCCACUAUGAGCAAAUCGAAGAAAAUAUGCCAACCACUCAUGAGCUCGCCGAGGCGCAGGCCUUUACCGACGACAUGGAGGAGGGCAUAUUGGUGGAACUCGUAAAGGAGGAGGGUGUCCGUGUGAAGAGCGAGCAGGUGGAGGAAGAUGUCAUCAUUGAGGAGCUAUACGAUGUCUACGAUCCCUACGACGGGGAGGGUGACAUUGUAGCAGAUGGGAUCUACGAACAGGAACGGGAGCAAGAGAUGGUCGAGCACUCGUUGUCUGGUCUCUCGGCGGACAUUGAGUAUCUGGAGCACGUCGAACAGGAGCAGGAACAAGAGCCGGAUCAGGAUCAACUGACAGAGAGCGCCAACGAGGACGAGAUGGAAGGUACAAACUCAGCCGAAGAGGAAUUUCUACCAGCCAAACCACUCCGUGGUCUAGCACCCAAACGACGCAUGAACACUCGCGCCAAGGCAGCAACAGCAACGGUCACAUCAGGAGCCGCCUCCAGGGGUGGCGUUCGAAGCAGUCCGUUGAAGAUAAAACGUGGCAACAACGACACAACCACCGAUGCUGAUGUGACCCUCACAAUUGGCGACGACCUGGUGCGAAAACACGGCAUCAAAACAAAGGGUGGACACAAAAUCCUUGUCGGCGACAAGAAGGAGUUCAAGUACAUCUGCGACAUGUGCGGAAAUAUGUAUCCAUCCCAGAGCCGCCUCACCGAGCACAUUAAAAUCCAUUCGGGUGUAAAGCCGCACGAGUGCGAAAUUUGCGGGCAUUGCUUUGCCCAGGCCCAGCAGCUGGCGCGUCACAUGAAUACGCAUACAGGGAAUCGGCCGUACAAGUGCAGCUAUUGUCCGGCCGCCUUUGCAGAUCUCUCCACGCGCAACAAGCAUCACAGAAUCCACACAAAUGAGCGUCCGUACGAGUGCGAUGUGUGCCACAAGACCUUCACUUAUACCAAUACACUCAAGUUCCACAAGAUGAUCCAUACUGGAGAGAAGCCCCACGUUUGCGAGAUUUGCGGCAAGGGCUUCCCGCAGGCAUAUAAGCUGCGUAACCACCGGGUGGUGCAUCAAAAACGGGGCAACACCAGGGACCCUGCCGCUGCCCUGAUGCCCUAUGAUACGGCCAACAUUGUUGGCAUUGAGAUGUAGAUAUCGGCAUCUAAUCAAAACUUGCAAGAUUAAACAUAUAAAACUGUAA